AGAAAUCAAAUAGGGCUGGCUCCACCAUCCCAGUGUGAGGUCCUGGUUUCAGCCCAGAGUAUUGCAAGCAAAUAAACAGUAAAAAUGUCAGAGGAAUGAGUAUGUGUUUGGCUAGGAUAGAAUCAUCCUGGGGGUCCUGAGAGAGGCGUUCAUGUCCCUUCAUGUUAAUGGGGCUCCCCCUCAUCACCUGCUCACAUAGCUGGAUGCUGACAAGUAUGAGACGGAUCCCACGCUGGCGCAGAUCCGCAGGGACCGGAGCUACUCCUGGAUGGACAUCAUCACCAUCUGCAGGGACAAACUGCCCAACUUCAAGGAGAAGAUCCAGAUCUUCUACACGGAGCACUUGCACCUGGACGAGGAGAUCCGCUACAUCCUGGACGGCAGCGGGUACUUUGACAUCAGGGACAAGGACGACAGGUGGAUCCGGAUCUCCAUGGAGAAGGGCGACAUGCACCCCCUCCCAGCGGGCAUCUACCACCGCUUCACACUGGAUGAGAAGAACUAUGUGAAGGCCAUGCGGCUGUUCGUGGGUGAGCCGGUGUGGACAGCAUACAACCGGCCAGCCGAGCACUUCUCUGCCCGGGAGCAGUAUGUGAAGUUCCUGGAGCAGACGGUAUAGCUGCCCAGAGCCAUCGUGUGGACCGAGGCCCAUUUCUGUUCUCUGCAUGAUGAUCUGAUCAGAAUUUUUUUAAUCAACUGAUUUUCACUCAAAGCAACUAGAAAUGCAGACAUCACUGUGAUCUUCUCUACUAAUCAAGACCAAGGUACAGGAGCCUCAGGUGGUACUAGCACUGCUCUGUGCCUCAGUACAAGCUUCGGCCCUGAGCAUGGCUGCUGGGGAUCGUGUGAGUGUCACGCCAUGGCCCACAGACAGGGCCCGGCCCGAGGCGCUGCUUCUCUCCAAGCUGCAGCUGGCACGGGAGGGUGCACUAGGCUUCUUCUGCCUUGUCCUUGUCUCAAUAAAGUCAUUGCCUUAACUAUG